GCUAUAUUUGAGUACCUUAUAAAUAGGGCCCUGCUGGGCGAGGCUUGGCUGAUUCGAAUUGUGAAAUGAAAAAGUUGUUGCGUCUUGUUCAACGCAUUUUGCCCUCGAAUGCGGCAGAGGGCAAGCUCGGUUCCAUCGAGCUGAACGUGUGGCUGGGCCAGUUGGUGGGGGUGCCUCUGUUGGGGCUGAAGCAGGAGACGCCACUGCAGAAGCUGUGCAUCAUUGCAGUCGGAUAUCCAAUCGUGUUGGCCGUUUGGUAUUAUGUCUACCUGGAGCUGUACGAUCUCUAUCUCAAUUGGCAUGACUUGGAUGCGAUGACACAGAACCUGAUCUUAUCUUUCACACAUAUUGCUUUCUUGAUAAAGUUCUGCAACAUUUGCUAUCACUAUGGUACUCUGAAGAGCAUACUCCAGAAGCUAAGCGAGAUCACACGACGCUGCGUUGUCUCCGAGCAGCAAAUGGAGGCGUUUCAAAGAGCUGAGUUGAAAAACAAGUUGGCGAAUCUGAUUUACUUUCAUCUCGUGCUGACGCCAGGCCUCAUGAGCAUUGUCUACGUGCUAAUUGCGCCCGAAGAGUUUGCUGGAAAUCGUUUUCCGUAUCGGGCCGAAAUGCCAAAUUCCUUGCCACGCAUCGUGCAGUCGCUAUAUAAGGGCUUCAGUGUUUCGCUAUUGGCACUAGAGACAACUAGCAUCGACUUCCUCAACAUAUCGGUCAUGGGCCAGAUAUGCAUGCACCUGAAGGUGCUCAGCUUGGCCUUCGACCAGCUGCACGAGCGCACCAAGGUAGAUGCCUACAGCUGGCUGGUUGCCAUUGUCAAAUACCAUUGCGAGCUGAUCGUCCUACGUCAGCAGGUGGAGCGCAUCUUCAACCUCGCUGUCAUGCUGCAGUUCGUCAGCUCCGUUGUCAUCAUCGCCAUGACCGCUUUUCAGGUGAUCGUGAUCGGCGACGGCUCGAAGAGCUCCAAUGUAAUGAACCUAAUGCUCUGCUGUGUGCUCUGCCAACUGUUUAUGUAUUGCUACUUCGGCAACGAGGUCUACGAGCAGAGCAAGACUCUGUCCAGCUCUGGCUUUGGCUGCAAUUGGUACUCGUUCGAUAGGAAGUGCAAGAAGACUUUGUUGAUCUUCAUGAUAAAUGCGGACCGUCCAUUUCUGUUUACAGCUGGUGGCUUCAUGGCCCUCACUUUGUCCAAUUUCACUUACAUCAUUAGCAAGUCCUAUUCCAUUGUGGCUGUGCUUAGGCAAAUGUACAGCAGAUCCUAGAGGAGAGGAGAGAUCCUGAGAGCAGAAGAGAGGCGUGGAGAGGAGCUUACUGAAAUUCGGAAUGGAAUUACUACUACAGCUGGAAUUAAGGUCUAUAUGUGGAUAUACUUAUGCUUCACAUGCGCACAUCUGGUUGUUUUUGUUGACAAAGCAGAAAAGGUCUGCUAUAAUAUCAGAC